AUGUGCGGGCGCACGAGCUGCACGUUGCCGCCUCGGCGUUUGCUGGCGAUCGCUGGCCUCUCACUCGGAUCUGCCUCGACUUCGGCGCCUGCGCCGGGCGAUUCCUUCGCAGAGUCGAGAAAGACGAAAAGAAACGAGGCGGGGGCGUCUGCCGCCUCGUGCGAAGGCUCUCCAUCCGCGAAGCGGGUGAAGCAGGGAGAGGAGACAGCUCCCGCGGCUCCAUCUCCUUCCGCUUCUUCUUCUUCCGCGCCUUCUGGCGAAACAAAGCUCGAGGCGAAGACGGCGAAAACAGAACAGACAGAGGAGGAACAGUGUUCCACCUUCCGCACGGCCUCGGCAGCUUCUCCGGCGGGCUCCCCCCCCCCGCUGCAAAGGGUCUCGAGUUUCGCUUCGCCGGCGGCAGCCAAAGGCGCAGGUCCCGCCGCACCCCUCCUUCCCGCUGCGCUCCUUCGCAUCCGCCGAUUCAACGUGUCGCCGACCUGCACAGUCCCGAUCAUCGAAGAGAGCUCGCCCGGUGCGAGGCGGCUGCGGGCUGCGGAAUGGUCACUGCGCCUCUCUGCGCAGGCCAAAGGCGCACAAAACAGUGACGAAAAGCCAAAAGCCUACAGCACCUUCAACGCCCGCGCCGAGGGGCUGGCGCACUCCCCGCUGUACCGGCGCUUGAUCGACAGACACCGCUGCGUCGUGGUUGUUGACGGGUUUUACGAAUGGAAAAAACCGCAAAAUCCGGGGGAGACGAAGAAGCAGCCCUUCUUCAUUCGGCACAAACCGACAGUAAAGGAAGUGCCGAUUCCGGAGAGCCAAACGAGUUCUGCGGACGCGGCGCCAGGGGCUUGCGACACGCGCAAGGGAGACGACAGAGCUGCGAAAGCGGAGGCUGUUGCGGCGUCUGGGGCGUGCGUGGCGCCCGCGGGCGAGCUGGCUGGCGCGCUGAAGGAGGGUGAAGCUUCGCUGCUACUCGCCGGCCUGUUCGAGGACGACCCGGCGGCGCAGGGGGACGACGCGCGAGACUGCUCGGCGACAAUCCUCACGAUGGAAAGCGCAGGAACGCCCAUGAGUCAAAUUCACCACAGGAUGCCCGUCGCACUUUCUCCAGAGGACGCCGCGCGUUGGUUGGACGUUGCGGGCAACCGCUUCGCGUCCAUUUUCGGGGAAAUUCUUCAGCACUCAAGCGCCAUCUAUAAAGAGUCCCUCGAGUACUAUCCGGUCACAGCGCGGAUGAGUAACAGCCGCUACGAAGGCCCAGACUGCGUUCAGCGGCUGUCUGAAGAAGAAAUGAGGAUGGAGAAAGGCGCGCCGAGUGGAAAGGGACAGCCUGCGAAGUCCGCAAAGGCGCAGGGGAUGAGGACGCUGGACUUUUUCUUGAAGCCCGCCGCAGAGAAAAAAAGGCAUGCGAUUUUGGCCUCGCUGUCUUCGGCGCGCAACGACCGUGGGGAAACUCUUCUGGAGCGACAGGCGCCUCCCGGCGCUGCGUUACCGUCACUCCGCAUUACCCGUACUGCGCAAGAAGACGAAGCCCAGUCUCCAAUAGCAUGGAUACCACUAUACUGA